CCUGAGUAUGUGCGUCGGCAAAUGGACCUGUCCUUUUGGUGCCACCACAACCCGCCUACGCUUGCUGUGCCUCUGCGGUCUGCUCAUCUCGAUAUAUUCGCUAUAUGUGAAAAUUCAGCUCGAUCACGACGAGAACUAUGCGGCACUCUGUGAUUUGGCCGAAAGUGUUAGCUGCACGGCGGUCUUCAAAUCCGACUAUGGGCGUGGCUUUGGCUUGACGCAGCUCAUCGUUGGUGAGUCCAACGACUAUCUGAAUCCGCCCAAUGGCUUCAUUGGCAUUGUUUUCUACACGCUCCUCUUUCUCACCUCUUUUUAUGAGCGUCGCUGGCUUUGUCAGCUGCAAUUGCUGGCUGCGAUUUUAACGCUGCUGCUGUGUGUCUAUCUGGGUGCACUUCUGCUCCUGGUGCUCUACGAUUGCUGUGUGGUCUGUGUGCUCAUCUAUUUGGUGCACAUCCUGCUCUUCCUGGAGAUCUAUGGUCGCUAUAAGCGCAAUUAUCACAUCGCAACUAACAAAACGGCUACCGAAUAAUGUUUUUGAAUUUUGUAAAAUAUAUUUUGUGA